GUUCUGUUUAUAAAUACGGACCUAUUCUCGUAUUUAUAAACAGAACAUGCAGUAUUUUUGUCAUAGAAUUAUUCCGGAGUAAAACCGCAUAAAAAUCGGAACGUGAUUAAAAGUUUGACGUCGUUGACGGUUGACGUUUAUAUUUUGCUCCACCAUUUUCUUUUACCUUUUAACUCGAAGUUGAAGAAGGUGCCAAAAUGACCAACUCAAAAGGUUAUCGUAGAGGAACCAGGGAUUUAUUCGCCCGAAGAUUCAAAAAACAUGGUGUAAUCCCACUUUCCACAUACUUGCGUGUCUACAAAGUAGGUGAUAUUGUAGAUGUUAGAGGCAAUGGUGCUGUCCAAAAAGGUAUGCCCCACAAAGUAUACCAUGGCAAAACCGGCCGUGUUUUCAAUGUAACUGCCCACGCUCUUGGUGUUAUUGUCAACAAGAGGGUACGUGGAAGAAUCAUUCCCAAGAGAAUCAAUGUCCGCAUUGAGCAUGUAAAUCACUCAAAAUGCCGUCAAGAUUUCUUGACACGUGUAAAAUCUAACGAAAAACUCCGUAAAGAAGCCAAGGAAAAGAAUGUCAAAGUAGAGCUUAAGAGACAACCUGCCCAACCUAGGCCUGCACAUAUUGUCAAUGGAAAGGCUGGGGCACAAGUGCUAGCACCUAUUCCAUAUGAAUUUAUUGCUUAGUGUUGUUUUAACAAUAAAAUAUCUUUAAUAUAGUUUGUAUGCUUUAUUAGCCUUAGACAACAAGGUACCUUUUUAUCUUCACCUUUUGUGGCAUCCUUCUGCCCUUCCUGAAGGUUUCUGGCAAGUUUAAUUUUAGUCUAUUUUCAAGGACUAAAAUG